AUGACUUCUAAGGAAGAGCGCAAAGUUCUUGCGAUCCAAAAGAAGAAGAAACGAAAGAACAAGAAGAAGGUUUGUGCUUUGUACUUCUCCUCCACAGAUGCUGCUCAAAAAACAGCUUAUCUGGUGUUACCGGCUGGGAAUGUCAUCAGCAUUACGCUUGAUAACGAUCGGACGUAUAUGAAAUGGGAAGCAAUUCAGCUUUGA